UUAACCGGUUGCUUUUGAUGUAGAAAGGAAACCGCUGCUCCGAAAGUGGCUUGUUUCUGUCUUUGGACAUCUGUUUAGCCUUCACGUGACAAUAUGAUGUCUCUGGAGGCGCUCAGAGCGUGUGUUGUGCUGCAGGACUGCGCUGAUCAGCUGGAGGUAAUAGGAAACAUCGUGCAGCGUCGACCGAUCACUAAACACAGGGCUACCGAACUGAAUCUGCAAUCAUCUGGACGGGGUCUCAGGGCUGGGAGCAGUUUGUCUGAUGCUACAGAAGAAUUACACACAUCCCUUCAGCAACUCAGUAUUAAGGAGAGCCCACUUACUACCGACAACCUGACCAAAGUUCAGCAAGAAAGGCAGUUUCUUUCAGAUGUCAUAAAUGGGUUAUUAGUUGAAUUGCAGAAGAAAAACACUUUUGAGAGUCUGUUCUCUGUAUUGGAGGAGGAGAGGAAGAAGAAAGCUGAUCUUCUGGACAUGAUAAACAGGGAGAGAGAGAGCCGCCUCAGGGUUAAAGAACUGCAAAAACAGUUACUGCACAUUCAUGCUGAAAAAGCAGAGAAGUGUGAGGCGCUUGUGGAGCUGAUCGCCUACCUGAAGGUCCAGGUACAGGACAUGAGGGUGAGGACAGGACAGCAAGGGAAGUUUGUCAAGAGCUGCGCUGAGCAGCUGGUCUAUGAGGGACAGAAAACCAACAGUCACAAAGAGAAGGAACUGGAAGAUGAAGUUAGGAUGCUGCAAGAGAAAACUAAGGAGGAAAAAGAUGUUCAUAUGGAGAUGAUGACCUUCCUAAACAGACAACACACAAGCUUACAGGAGAAGCUGCAGUUUUGGAUUCAGCGUUAUGAGAUAGACUUGGAGGAGAAGGAGCAAGAGAUCACAGCUCUAAAGAAUGCAAGGACCAACAAGCUGGCACAACUUCAGGAUCUGUCUAAGAAGUGCAGAGACAUGCAGCAGGUCAUCAUUGAAGACAGAAUGGAGAAGGAGCAGUUGCGUGUACAGCUGGAGAAAGAGCAGACGGAGAGAGAUGCAGCAACUAAGAUCCAGUCCUGGUGGCGUGGGACUCUAGUGCGCAAGGGACAGCGGUCUUCCAAGAAAGGCGAGAAAUCCAAGGCUAAAAAGGGAAAAAAAGGCAAAAAGAAGUGAUUAUUGUGGAAUUAGAUAUUUGUGUGGCUGCUUAUACAUUCUCUCAGACACACACACACAAUUGGAUAACUUUUUAUUCAUGUACAUCACUAAUCAUACUACUGAAACAUUCACACUAGGAAACAAACAAUGUCCAUCUAUAAAUAGUAUGAAACAUUAAUAUUGUUUGGUUUUAAGGGUGCAUGUUAUAACAAUGCUGUAAAAACUGGGUUCAAAGGGUGCUCUCCUACAUAUAGUUAUUCAGUACUGUAGGGGAAGCAAGAAUGCAAGUACAGAUUCAAACCUUGUUGAUGCUUAAAAACUUCUUUUCUUUCUUUAAGUGCCAUGCUUCAGUAUGUAUGCUGACAAUGUUUUGUGAAAAUAGAGUUGGUGGAUAAAAGCAAACUUGCAGCACUCUUCUAGUGUGCAUACUUGUGAGACACACUUCAACUCACUGUGAUGGCAAUUGAUAAUAAAAUCUUGUCUUUCCUGAGACAGGAAAUUUGAUUGGUUGGAAAAUAUCUCUGUAAAAAAUUUUCGGUUUGGGCAGAUAAAGAGGAAGCGGGAACCGGUUUCCACAGUUCACGAGUCUGUUUUAUUAACAAAUAACCAGCUGUACAGCUUCACUCAAAACACAAGAUGGCUUUUCAGCUUCACACAACACAAGGCUCACUCUCUCUCUCUCUAUCUGGGAACAGACACAGAGACUCUGUUCUGUCUGUCUCUCUCCUCUCUCUGUGAACUGGAUGUCUUUUUAUCUCCCUCUCUCCUCUCACUGUGAACAUAGAGAGGGUAAUUAGUCACAAUCCAUCUAGGUGGAUGUCUUACCACUUUCAACCUAUUCCUAUUUGUCCAGUUUGAAUUAUGUUCCAGUCCCCAAACCAGGGGCACAUUAAUGCACUUGCUUUGGCAUCUGCCACCCAAUUUUCCCUCUGCCCAUCAACAUUUGUGGAAGGAACGCAUCUUAUCUCGCUCAGCGCGAUAAGAUGCGUCUCCCUGUGAAGACAUGGGUCUCCCUGACUGUCAAUUCUGUGAAUGAAAACAGAAAUAAUAAAAGGACUGACCUUGAACCUGCCUCGUUGUCUCCUGACUCCUCCAUUGCUCCAAUCAAACCAGUUCACACUCCCAUUUACUGAUGUUUGGAGCAACAAUACAAAAUGGUUUUGUCUGGUAGAAAAGUGAAUUAGGCCGCUUCAGAUGAGGCAUCACCAGCAUCAGUUCCUAUGUUUUUUCUGUCUAAUCCUCCAUG